UGAUGGCGAUGCUUGUGUUGAUGGAACGAUCUACCUCGGGGCGUUAUCUAAGAAACGACCAGUAAUUGCAAUCUUAAACUACUCCUAACUGCUUUAUCUGUUCGCAUUAAUAUUCAAUGAUUUAAUAUCCGGAGGGAUCUGAUCAUGCGACCAGGGAAUCAGAUGAUUGAGAUAAGUACGUGCGAGCUUCAGAGGACGAACAUGGCGGCAUGUUCGCGUCUGUCGACAGGCACUACAGUUACCCCUCCCAGAGAAACACAGCCGGGCACCGCCUUCCGUCAGGGCAAGGACAGACCAAGGGCCAGAGUUGACAACCCCGUCAGAUCGGUCAGCAAGAAGGGGGCACCAUAUCGUCAUGUGCCCCACAGUCAGAAACCCCCUCAUCUCGUGCAGAGACGUAACGCACGUGAACGUCGUCGUGUUCAAGCUGUCAAUGGUGCCUUUUCCCGACUUCGCAAACACGUCCCGUAUGAGCCGAAACACAAGCGGUUGUCCAAGGUGAAGACUCUCCGAGUGGCUAUAGACUAUAUUAGACAACUGGAAGACAUGAUCACGGACCAUGACAGACGCGCACGUGACGCCAGGAGGGACUGCGGGGGACACCAAGUCUACGUCAACUCUGACAUUCAUAACAUCGUCGACGGCGGCCGGAACUGGAUGCAAGGUCAACCGCAAGUGCACCCGGGACAACCAAGAAGAUGUGCUCACCUCGUGCAUUUUCCCUCGUCAUGCGCACAAGUGAACGUUCAUACCAAUGGCUAUCUUGAUCUCUGCGGCGGGUCGCUGAUGUGACGCAAUAGACCUGACAGAGACGUUGCAAAUGGCCCUGAGUAUUGUGCAACAGGUGUACUAAGACACCUCGCCUUCUUUCAAAGCGUUCCGGGACGAAUGUGUGCGGGAUAAAGACGAGUGUGUGACCAAGUCCUCAUUAGAUCAUGAUCCACCACGUGCGAUACAAACUACAAAAGAACUACCAUCUUGGCAUGCACGGUCUGGGAGUUGCCUGUGUCACUGGGUGUUGUACUCCAAGACUGACCAACUGUGGUUAUUUGUCAGGGAUAGAAUUGGUCCCUAGCAACCUAUCCUGGUCGUAACAGGCGACUAAAUGGAUCGGGUGGUCAGGCUCGGUGACUUGGUUAUGUCGAGUCAACGUGUCCCAAUCGUCGUUCAUAAUAUCAAUCCCUGAAUUGUCUGGUCCGGACACGAGAUUAUGUACAGCCGUCAUGUAACCUGAUUAUUGUUGAGUACAGCGGUAAACAAUAAACACACACACACACACACACACACACACACACACACACACACACACACACACACACACACACACACACACACACACACACACACUGAUGGUGAUGAAGAUGAUGACGUCUUGCCGCUUGACUCGCUGCCUGUACACAGAUUCCCAUUCUGUUGCCGCCAUAGUAUGCGAACAACUAUAGUUAAUGAAAUUGAGAAAAAUCGAUUUUUUCCAACAUACACGCCCAAUGCGAAUGGAAAUUGCUGAGUUGUUGAUGGAGGAAUGCAUGUCGUUAUUGCGGAUUUGCCACCAUUCCACGGCACGACAGUAUAUGAGCUUACUGUAUUGUAAUGGUACGCGGAGAGAACAUAGCCAUGGAGUGAGAAGAACGAAUGACCGAGUCAGUAUAGCUGACUUGUUUGUUAUUUGAUGCACCAAUGGAAUCCUCAACUUAAUCGUCGUUCCAUUGUUUCUGUGCCCAUCUUGCAGGAGGUGAUGUACUGGUGGCGCGAGUCAACCAUUUACAGCUAGGAUAUUGUGCUAAUGGCUAUUUAUUGCUUUUGGAUUAUCGCUGAUGAAUAUACGACUCACCAUACCACAACAGCUGCUUUAUUUGUUGGGUGGAACAGUUGCACUUUGUUGUGUCGAUAUUAUAAGAUUCUGAUUACAAGUAAUACAAGCACCUACUUACCCGGAAGUGACCGACGGCGCCAAACCGACGUUGACCCUUAAGAGCAUCCUACAAACAAGUGAUCAAUUGAGUGUGUGGCCUUUGCCUGAAGGAAGUGAUAGAAAGUUCUCAUGUUCUUACUUUUAUUACAAAAUAACAUUCCAAAAGUAGCAUUUGGAUUUCUGUGGUCAAUUUGCUUCUAUACAAGAGCUAAAUAUAUUUUACGCAUUAACAACGCCCCGGUUUCCCUGACCCAGUAACUGUUAUUUACAUGCCUCGCGGAAUGUGGCUUAAAACAACAUUCACUCGCUGAUUCUAUUUCAGACACUAUUUUUAUGUUUAUUAAUUAUUUCAUAUUUUGUUUGUUUGUUGUUUAACGCCGAUCUCAGCAAUACUCCAAAUAUAUGACGGCGGUCUGUAAAUA